CCACAGGCCGACUCAAGGGAAAUGGAAGCUCUUCAUUUGUACCUGAACUACGCAAGGGAACUCUUUCUACUGGCAGAGAGGAAAGGAAGAGACGAGAGCAUAGCCAAGCCGGCAUCGACACAGCUGGUGGACGAAGAAAGGCAACCACAAGAUCUGAAGCACUGUGUUACACAAGCCAUUCAUUCUUGCGAACCCUGAUCAAGCAACGAAGACGAGCCUAGAAGCAAUAUGGCUGAGUCAGCUGUGAGAACCGUGCUUGGGAGCGUGGGCAACCUUGCAGUCCAGGAGACCACAUUCUUGUGUGCAGUCAACCUUGAAGUGGGGUUGUUGAAAGAUGAGCUGAUGAGGUUGCAGGCCUACCUCAAAGAUGUUGAUAGCAAGUGGAGAUCAGGAAAUGCAAGGGUUGCAGUCUUGCUGAGCCAGAUCAGGGAUGCGGCUUAUGAAGCUCAGAACGUCAUUGAAGCUGCAGAUCACAUGGAGAAGAGAAACAGGCUCAAGAAGGGAUUCAUGGGUGCUAUUUCAAGGUAUGCUAGAUUGCCGAAUGACUUGGUAACCCUUCGUAAAAUCGGUGUUGAAAUUCAACGUGUAAAAAGGAAGAUCAAGGAGAUUUUUGCAUCCGCACAAAAUCUGAAUAUUAGUCUGGAUAACAAUGUUUUUGUAAAGGACGAUUUUUCACAAGAUGAUGGUCCUAUACAUCAAAACUCUGAAGAUGAUGUUUUCAUGGUUGGUUUUGAGGAUGAGCACAAAGAAAUAGUGGACAAGUUAGUUGACAAUGAUUACCUGCUUAGUGUUGUGUCUAUAGUUGCCAUGGGCGGGGCAGGAAAGACAACACUUGCUAGAAAAGUCUACACUUCAUCUAGAGUCAAAGAGCACUUUGACACACUUGCUUGGGUGACUGUAUCUCAAAAGUUCAAGGGCAUUGAUUUGCUAAAGGAUAUCAUGAAACAAAUAACAGGGCACAAAGAUGAGUCAGUUAACCAAAUGACGGAGUAUGAGGUGGGAAAGAAGAUCAAUGAAUUUCUUUCAGAAAAGAAAUACUUUGUUGUUCUUGAUGAUGUUUGGGAAACAGAUACAUGGGAGCAAUUAAACGGAAUGAUUACAGUCUUUCCAGAUGCAACUAAUGGUAGCAGAGUACUGUUAACGACACGAAAAGAAUAUGUUGCAAAGCAUAUUCAGAUGCCAACCUAUGUUCAUCCUUUGAAGAAAUUGAAUGAAGAGAAAAGUUGGCAACUUUUUAGUAGCAAAUCUUUACCAACAUACAAAAGGUCUGCCAUACGUGAUGUGGACGAGUUUGAAAAGCUUGGGAGAAAGCUUGCAAAGAAAUGUGAUGGAUUGCCACUUGCACUUGCAGUUUUGGGAGGUUAUCUGUCUAAAAAUCUAAAUGCACAAAUAUGGUCCGAUAUACUCUCUGAUUGGCCAGCAACCAAAGAUGGACAAAUGAUGAGUGUCAUACUGGCACGCAGUUACAAGGACCUACCAAAUCAUCAUUUGAGAUCUUGUUUACUUUAUUUUGCUGCUUUUCCUGAGGAUUAUCAAAUAGAUGUGCCGCAUCUUAUUAACUUGUGGAUAGCAGAAAGCUUCAUUCCACAUACACCAAACCAUACACUAGAAGAAACAGCACGGAGCUAUGUAACCGAGUUGGCUCAGAGAAGCUUGGUCCAAGUUGUUCGCAGAAGUACGGCACAUGGAUGGAUAGAGAGAAUAAGGAUUCACGAUAUCUUGCAUGACUGGUGCAUACAAGAAGCAAGACAAGAUGGUUUUCUUGAUACCAGCAACAAAACUGCAGACCAAGCUGGUGCAUCAUCAUCAUCAUCUGAUAACUUGAUAUCUUAUCGUUUUAGUUUUGAAACUUUGAGUGAUCAGAUUUUACCUGCAACGCCUAAUGUCCGAAGUCUGCUUGGCUUUGAGCUUGAAUCAGUGUCCCUUCCAAAGCUGAGAUUCCUGAGAGUUCUUUGCAUUGAAGAUUCAGCACUAAAUGAUUUCUCGACUGUAAUUGGUGGGUGCAUUCACCUAAGAUUGCUUAGGUUGAGAAAUUGUCAUGGUGUGACGCUCCCUUCUUCAAUUGGCAAACUCCUUUACUUGCAGACUAUAGAUCUCAAACACACACAACUUGAGUCAGUACCAAACUCUCUGUGGGAUAUCCCUACUCUAAGGCAUGUUUACCUUCACAGUGGGUUUUCUCCACCACCACCUGCAAGGAGUGUGCGACUGCAGUCGAAAGAGCUACAGAGCUUUGUGUUGGAUCUUUAUCCUGUUGGCGCUGAUUUCCGCUGUCAUGACAUGAUGAUUUUCUUGGGCCAGAUGAAUCAACUAACAACCUUCUCCUUGUCGAUGUACCUCAAUAUACCAGCGGAGGUGGUCAACAUAUUUGACAACAUGCCUCACCUGGUUGAUAUUAGCCUCCUCAAAUUUGAUGUGCUCGAUAGGCUGCCUGCUGAGUUCCCCCAAAGCGUACGUCGUCUUGUUCUAUAUGCUGAUGUCAUAAAACAAGACCCGAUGCCGAUCCUGGAGAAACUCCCCUGUCUUGUGGUGUUGGAGUUGAGUGGGUACAAACGCCAGACCAUGUGCUGCUCUUCCCAAGGGUUCCCUCGGCUGCAAGAGUUAGCACUUGGUAGUUUUUCCACCGAGCUGUGGAGGAUGGAGGAAGGGGCAAUGCCAAAGCUCUCCCACCUGACACUUUGGCGGUGGGAGAAGAUGAGCAAGCUCCCCGUGGGGUUGCUGCACCUUCCGUCCCUCGGUCACCUGAAGCUGAGCGAUAUGGACCAGAUUUCUGAAGAUGACAACACACUAAAUGAGCUGCGGCGGAAAGGAUGCGAGGUGGAGAAAUCCGGCGCCCUGGAAUUCUCCCUCGAAUCCAUCUCUCACUCCUCGGAAUCCUCACAUCUCUUCUUUCGUGUUAAAUAGUGUAAUGGGAAUGAUAGUUCAAGAUCUUUACGGGGAUGGACGAGAUAGAAGAAUAUUGCUCCAGGAUGGAUCCAUGAACACUUCAUAUCCUUCCAACCGCAUGUAUUCUGUGGAAUAUGUACCAAUAAAAACGCUUCGUCGCCGAGGCGAUGCUAUGAGUAAUGAGUUGCAUGUACGUGUUCCUUUUUCUGAUUUGUAACCUGGCUUGGCCAUCCUGUAUUGUGUGUAUUAGUACCUAAUCUUUUUUCUUCUCUUUUCAUGAUCAAUGAACAAUGACUUGUCUCGUUUGACAUCCGUAUAGCCAACUGUUA